AUGUGCGGUCCCGGUUGCAACAGUUGUAGACUGCCUCAAGGGGCGAGUCGACAAAACCACUUGCCUGUCCGUGAGGGCAUCAGUAUCUCACUCGCAAUGCUGAUCAGCCGAACCAAGGUUAUAAAACGCAAAUCAUCAAAUCACCAAGGAAAACUCUUAAAAAACUGCAAAGAAAUCGCAAUGGGGAGGCCAUCUUCACUAUCACAUACCAUACGCCGCAAACCGGUCACCCCGCGCUAUGCGCACCCAGUAGCACACAGCCCUACGGUCGAAGAAGCUGAUUAUCAUCCCAUUGCCAACAGUCGGGCGGCAGCUUUCCAAAACCCCUCUGUUCCCAACGCAGGCGAAACGCAACGGCAAGCCGGGCAGCGGAGUCCUAUUAUUACCACUCAGCUGGGGCCCACCGCUUCGCCGUCCACGUUCUGCGCGGACAACUGGCUCACACUCCGAGACCACUGCCAGAUCCCCGUGGACGAGUUCUACCUCCCGACGCGGCCGCAGAUGCCAGUGAACAGUGGCGACUUCACCUGCGACUGUUCAGACGACGGGUUCGGCACGGCCGCGGGCCUGCUGGCACUAUACCCGCGAUUCGCGGCUCGGGCCUGGGGUAUAGAAGAGGCUCACGCCGAGAUGAUGGCAGGUUGGCGGCGCCGAAGCUGGGACCAGGACUUUCGGUGCAAGGUGCUCGAUCGCCAGAACGAUAUGUCAGAGAUCUUUCUUGCGAAGCUGCAGGAGGCGCUUCGCGACAAGGCCAAGGAGAUCAGCGGAGCCGAUGGCUUGCAGGCUCAGCUGUGGAGAGCUGAGGAUGAAAAGGAUCUGUAUCUUCGUAAAGUCGAGCGAAAUGAGAAAAAGGAAAAGAAAAAGGAGAGGGGAUGUGGUGAUAUCCUUGGGGUGUUCAGGAAGAUAGGCAAAUUACGUUGUGUCUAUUCACGUGAUUAG